ACAGCUUGGUACUCCUUAAAGCUUCGUACCACUCCAAAUGCCUUGUCAUCUCGAACUCGAAAAGGAGUCGUGGCCGAUUGUAUCUAUUUGAAUUCGUUUCGCGUAGUCCAUUGCAUUGCGAGGGUUAGUGUCACCAUGGAGAACCAGCCAGUAUCCCCUCACGAAAGCGAGGAUGUCGAGAUGUCAAGGUUCAAGAGCUGGUCAAACAAGGCUUCCGCGUACCAUUCGCGUGUUCCGUAUCUAAACAAGCUUCCUUUCAACGCGAUAGCUAUCAUCGUCACCCUAGUCGCUAUCAACAUCUUCGUGUGGGUAGCAGUGGGCAUCGUCUUGCACUUCCACACGCCCCUAAUAUCCACCGCAAUUCUUUCUUGGACACUGGGUCUCCGCCAUGCCCUCGACGCAGACCACAUCUCCGCCAUCGACCUCAUGACGCGGCGGCUGAUCGCAUCCGGCCAGCGCCCUGUCACCGUCGGCAUGUACUUCAGCCUGGGUCACUCCACCAUCGUCAUUAUCACAUCUCUCGUCGUUGCUGGCACCGCCGCGGCCGUUUCUUCCAAAUUCGACAACUUCUCCCAUGUCGGCGGUAUCAUUGGGACAUCUGUCUCCGCUACUUUCCUGCUCCUGCUCGGGAUCAUGAAUGUGUACAUCCUGUACAAGCUCAUCGUGCAGAUGAAGAAGCUCAUCGCCUCCACACCAGGAACUGAGCACAAGGAAUUCAAAAUUCAGGGUGGCGGGUGUCUCUUCCCUAUCUUGCAGCGGCUCUUCAAGCUCAUCGACCGCCCCUGGAAAAUGUACCCGCUGGGUGUCAUGUUUGGGCUCGGCUUCGACACCUCAUCUGAGAUUGCGAUUCUAGGAAUAUCAAGUAUUCAGGCGGCGAAGGGGACGACAAUGUGGCUGAUUCUGCUAUUCCCGUUACUGUUCACCGCCGGCAUGUGUUUGCUCGAUACUACGGAUGGUGCGCUGAUGAUGAGCUUGUAUACGAGUACACAACUGGCGAGGGACCCGAUUGCGAUCUGCUACUACAGUAUCGUGCUUACUGUGAUCACGGUCAUUGUGGCGACGGUUAUCGGGGUAGUACAGUUUCUUAAUUUGGCGUUGAAUGUGGCGGAGCCGGAGGGGAGGUUUUGGGAUGGUGUGGAAAGGCUAGGAGAGAGCUGGGAUAUUGUCGGUGGCGCUAUCUGUGGGGCCUUCGUGGUCUUUGGUGGAUUGAGCGUGUUGCUGUACAAGCCCUGGCGAAGGCGCAUCGACCGGAAACGCUUGAGGAACACGACCUUCGAACCCGUGGACGCGCAAGCUGAUGAAAAAAUCGAGGAAGAAGUAGGUACAGACGCGCCGAACUGGACGACGAAGAACAAUCCAAAGACAUUCAAUGUCAGCAUUGAUCCUGUGGAGACGACCGAUGCAGCUGGGCCCUCCGGGCUAAGGAAUUGAAGCGGAUACAAGAUUAGAUUGUAUGUCUAAGGAGACGACGCUUCGGGUAACUCCUACCGACAA